AGAGGAACCUGAUGUUUUAUCGCAACUAAUGAAUAGUUUCAGUGGUGUUAGAAUCUUAAUUAGCCUGCAUACUCGAUCAUCCGACUCAUUUGAAUCCUCACUUUGGAAUGUUUCUUUAAAAUAUCUUGUCUUACGUUUUUCGCUAUGAGAAGGUCAUCUGUGUUGUCGUUAAAAAAAAAAAUCUCACUUCCGCUCUUAGGUUUCAAGUUGAAGCCUCCAUAUUUCCACGACAACAAACCAGGUACCUUCAACAUGGCUAUGGUGAAGAGUGGCUGGCUUCACAGGCAAAGUACCAUACUGCGACGCUGGAAGCGGAACUGGUUCGACCUGUGGUCUGAUGGACGCCUGAUCUUCUACAACGACCAGCAGCGGAGGGACAUGGAGGACGACAUCCACAUGAGGGUGGAUUGUAUCAACAUCCGGAGUUCCUCAGCGUGUCAAGAGUUAAACCCUCCGGAUGGGAAGACACGUGAUGCUUUGCUGCAGAUUGUGUGCAGGGACGGAAGAGUUAUAAGCCUUUGUGCGGACAGUGCGGAUGAUGCCAUGGCAUGGACCAUGGCACUACAGGAUGCCCGGAUUAAUGCGAUGGUUGCUACUCCUCAGGUGGGCUUCACGCCAGAAGUAAUGAGUUCCGCUCCACCACCGUACUCAGAAUACGCCCCACCACCCCAGUACUACACUCAGGGUCCAUACGGAGAUUAUGUCGCAGCUUCUCCACAAGCCACACAGAUUGUUUAUGCUGCCGACGGAAAACCCUACGCUGUCGCCUAUCCUUAUCAGAAUCAGGGUGGCUACGUCACACCUGGCGUCAACCACGUGGUGAUCCAGGAGCAUCAGCGCGACAACGGCGGCGACAUAGCUAUGGGCAUGCUGGCGGGAGCGGCGACGGGUCUGGCGCUGGGCUCACUCUUCUCAGUCUUCUAAGUUGUCUAUGCGCUGAUGUUUAUCUACUACAGUGCAACUAUUUAUUCCUUUCAACUCCACAUAUUUAUGCAGCAGUCCGCUUCCUUUAUGCCUGUGAAGCCUUCAGGACGGUCCGAAAAUAAUCGAUUCACUUCCGCACUUUCUCCGAAUUCUUGUUAUCGUGAAUCAAUGUAUUCCUGCUCAAAUGAAGAAAGAAGAGUGAAUGAUUAUGUUUCAGUGCCAUUGAUGGAUAUAGACCUCCAGUCCAAUUGACCUGGAGGGCUGGCAGCGAUUCCAGUUCAAAUGGAUUGGACGUCUUUCGCCGUCAGUGGCCACCGAUGAGUUAACAUGAUUAACAUAUUAAGUGUAAUUCUAUUUGUACUGGUUGUACUCCCUUUUUUUGUUUGUACUGUUAUAUUGUACCUAUUUUUUGUUAUGUUAUACAUUGGAUUUUUAAAAUGUUCAUUUUUUUUUUUACAUGGUUUUUGGUUUGUAGAACAUAGGACAGGUUUUUUUUUUGUAGCUCGAGCUUACUAAUCAAUUAGCACAAAUUCAAAUGUUUUCGGUACACUUGACACACCUUCCCAAUAUGGCAACCUCCAAAAAACUGCCACUGGGCUUUUCCGUGCGCUAAAUUCACAACUUCCCAAUGUGAUUUGUUUUUUUUAACACUGGCAGCUCCUUUUAUGGUAUGUUUCAUUUCAAUAAAUGUUUUGAGCCAAUUUCUUUGUUUAGAGAGCCAGUUACAUUUUUGUUUUGUGUUAUUGUAUACAAAUACAUAUUACAAAUCGGUCCAAGAUUGACCUUUGAUUAAUUCUCAGUAGAAACUAAUUGAAGUAAUGUGUGGAGCUGGCGGAUGUUCUUUUUGUUUCCAAGUGAAGGUUUCAAGAUAAAUGUACUAAAGUAUUAUUAAACCUGCAAUUAAAUGUAUGACUGUCUAGACGAGAAGUAUUUUAACAAUUAAAUCAUAUAUUCACAUUCUCA